AGGAAAUUUCACCGUUAUCGGCGAAAGGGAGGAUGGACAACCGGGUUUCAACAUAAGUAGGGGCGAAGGGAGAAGCCGGGCUGCUUCUCCUGCCCUUUUUGCCAACUACGUCGACGACUCGGAAGGCUGGCGACGGCGACAUGUCUUGCGAGACACACUACCAGGUCAUCGCGGGAGCGCAUGGGGAUCUCUCGCUCAAGGGCGGCGUUCACCUCUACGAUGCCUCGUCCGCGUCAAGGGUCCAGCAGGUGACUUGCAACCUCUUUGGCAUCAUCGAAUACUCAUGCAUGCGACCGCCUUCGGCCAGCAACUUCCAGGACCCCGAAAAGCCGCAAAUGCAUCGCAAGCGCCUUCGCUUCCUCGCAGAGACCUUCACCCCUCAACAAGACGAUCUCCUAAUGCAGCAAGAGGCAACAUUCGACUUUGACUUCGCCCUCCCCCAGCACAUUGAGCUCGAUGAGGACGCCCGUCGGCAGCUCGGCAUAAAACGCUCGCGAUUCGGUUCCCUGUAUGCGCUCCCACCUUCCUUCGAUGUCUCUCCGAAUCCCUCGGUAGGCAGCAGCCUCAGUGGGGUUCUCAAGGAUCUCUUUCUGCCCUGGAAGGGCGACAAGGUGGCCGCUGUCCGGUACCAUCUCGAGAUAAGGGUGCAACGUGACCGGGGAGGAGCCCAUCGGUUCGCCCCCUCUUCGCUUCAGCAAAAGGGCAAGAAGUUCAUCGUGCCCGUCCACAUCCCCUCAUGUCGAUCAGAGCAGCUCCUGGAGGCCCUCGAUCAGGAACCUGUAAUGCCACGGGAGACACUGCCCGGCUACACGCGCAAGGAACGAUUCGGCUGGUCCGUCGAUGCAGAAGAUCCGACGGGUAUGCGGCGCUUCUACAAGAACGGCAACCUGUGCUUGUCCAUGGGGCAAGCCAUUCAUGUGGGCGAUUCCGUCCCCUUCACGAUCAAGUUCGGCCACCCUUUAUCACCAAGCACGCGCAUCAGCGUCGACGCUGUGCUCCUCCGUUCCGUCUCCGCGCGUUCUGACUACGGAACGACGAUCAUUGAGACCGGGAAGGUGGCUGCCACGAAUCCGGUCCUUUUCACAACGUAUUCCGACAAGCACGACGUGAAUCCUUCCUCGCAGCCAGAGCCUAUCUCUAGGCUCGAUGGCUGCUUCCAAAUGAACGUCGCUACCGACGGCGCCCAUGGCGAGGGCAAAGGUGACACUUUCGCCCCAUCGUUUACAUUUGCCGCUCUUCAAGUCAAGUACCGCCUCCGCUUUCGACUGCGUCUCCAGAAUGCGACGCAGACGUUCGAAGCGCCCCUUCUCACACCAGAGAUUCUUCUCUUAGACAAACGAACCUCGGCGACGUCGCCAGGAGUUAUCACUAGACAGGUCUCUCAUGCUCAGCUCGAUGCUUCCUCUCCUUCGAGGCCAUCAACGGCAACGGGGCCGAUGCUUAAUUCUGCAGAUAUGCCGCCGCCCUACGUCGACCACCUCGCCUCGUCGUCGGUCUCUGUACACUGAUGUACUCUUUUCUCCUCUCUUGUAUUAGUAAGGCCUCUCUCUUUCUCUCCCCUUAAUGUGCUCUCGUAGAGUCCGCUAGACGGAAUGAAUACAGUCUCGCUCUGUUCUCACACCCGUCCUCCCAGUGUGCUACACAAAGUAUGCUGCGACCCUUGUUAUGCUAGUGGUACAGUGCAGUGUUGUUUCUCUACUCCCUCGCCCUCUUUCUCUUUUCG